AUGGUAAACUUGGCCGUAUCGAAAUACGAAACGAUCGCUUGGCUAGGAGUAGGACUGACUUACACCGCCGGAAUCAUGGUAAUGAAGAUGGCCAGGAACCGUGAUCCAAAUAAUGAGAAGAAAUCUACUUUGAGACGCGUCAUCACGUAUCUUGACGAAAAGUUUUGCAUCUUGAAGCCCUUGGGAAGCAUUUUCUCGAAGACCCCGAAGACAUUGAAGAAUGUGAAUUUGGAAGCAUUGGCAUUUGGAGACGUGCACCCAGUUCAGACAUUCAAAAAUAAUAUCGAAAAACAUUGUUAUGCUAUGGAAGCACUUGAUACGGCAUUCAUGCUUUUGGAGGAAGAGCAAAAUUGUAGGUUUUCUCAGUUGUUUCUCUUCAGGGUGGGCUAGAAAGGGGUAGGGUAGGCUUCGGUAGGGCUUGAAAGGGUUGGCUAAGCUUGGGUAGGGUUAGAACGAAGUAAGCUAGACUUGGGUAGAGUUAGAAAGGGUUGGGUAGGCUUUAGUAGGGUUAGAAAGGGGUAGGAGUAGACGGUAAAGACGCCAGCCUUAAUUUUUGUGGCCACAAAUAGGCCGGGCCUUGGUUUGGGCUCUUGUCUUCGGGCCCACACCUGCCUGUCAAAAUUAGUCAAAUAUUUCGUUUCGGGACCCCUUUCUAGCUUUACCCUAGCCUACCCUACAAUUUUGUAGCCCCAUUCAAGUCUCGUUUACCCUUGGUCGGAACUUGCGGUGUCUAGUGCUCUUUCCUUCCCCCAUUUCAGGUCUAAUUUUGAGAAAGAAGCAAAUAUUUUUACCAAUUUUUUAAAAACAUAUUGUUUUAGGUGAUCCACGUGUUUUCGAAAAUUACACCAAGCAGCGAGUUAUCUAUUACUUCGUGGAGGGCUUGUUGUACGUUCCGGAACGUCGUCUCUAUACCAGCAUGAUCUUCGCCUUCGCUCCGAGCAUCGAACCCGAACUCAUGGUCUCACUUCAAAGUGCCAUCAACAAUAGGCAGUUGCCAGUGUAA